GCCUUUAAUUAAAUCAGCUAUUUGAAGAUGUAUAGUAAAAAAUUAAUUUCUGAAGUUACAUCUCCGUCCAGUUGAUGGCGGUAAUGCACAAAGUCUGUAAACUGCCAUAAAACGCAACAGAAGAAGAAGAAAAAAGAGGAAGAUUAAAUCAGCUGGAAGCACAGGUGUGUUUUCCUGGCGUUGGGUGUUUGUGAUUUUUUUAUUUUUUUACUUCUAAGAGGAAAAGGAGACAAAAUGUCACAACGACGGGCGAAAAUUGAAGCAAAUACUGAGAACAAGCGGGAAAUGCGACGGAAGAAACAUGGGCUUUUUAUCCAACAGAUUGAGAAAGAAGCACAGGACCGCAUGAGGCACUUGGAGUCCAAACUGGAGAGUCUACUAGCAACAGUUGACAAAGUGUUUAAAGUGGAGCUGAUGAAAAUGCCUCCUUCUCUUCAAAAUACUCUCGUAGGGGAUCUGAUCAGCCAGGAGGACCUCUCAGCCAGUGAGGUGUCUAUAGCCAUUCAGAGUGAAUCCCGUGAAAUGGCUCAACCCCUCAAGCGAGUCCCCAGAGGACCAUUAAAAUCAACUGAUUCUGCGUCAGUGUUGUCCUCCCCAGUCCAGAGGUCUUCUGCCAGGAAUCCAAAGAGCGGCAAAACAACAGGCACAAAAAGAAAUAGAACUAUAACUGUCAGCAACAGCGCUGGAAACCUCAGGACUUCCUCAGCGAUGGUCAAACGAACCCAGAGCCAUGUGGCGAGUCGCAAAACUGCCAGUCAGCCAGUACAGAACCAGAAAACGCCUAAACUCAGGUCGGUUCUCUCUGCUGGUGAGCUGUCUUGUUCAGGAUCUGCAGCCCACAUCACCGUGACGACGGCGCAGGGACAGAUGUUACAGUUCUCUGAAGAGACAAAGGAGGAAAUCAACUUGGAGUUGCUUGAUGAUGUAGCUUGGUGCCAGAUUCAGAAGCUUACGAGUCUGAUGGAGUAUUUAUCGCAGCGCAGUCGCAUUCAGUGAUAUUUGACCUCGACCAGCCAGUUGGGCUUGACUUCGUUUUUAAGUCUGUCAUCUGUGCACAACCAGUCAUGGUUUGCUUUUUUAAAAAAAAAAAUCUAAUAAAGUUUACUGGUGAUACCGUA